AUGUUCGCCUUUCCACCUCCUUCAAGCGAGAAGAUAUUAUUACUGACGUGGUUGGUGGAAGUGGCUUUGGCCGCUGGGCCCGUCCCUCAAGGACCGAUCGUCGCUGGUUCAGGAGUGAAAUAUAGCGGUGGAAAUGCGGUCGGACCAUAUAGAGGAGGAGGUGGUGGUGGCCCACGCGUUGCUGGAGUUGCCGGAGUAGCUGUAGCUCCAGUCGGAGGAGAUGUGUGGGCCCGUACCUGCGGUGGUGGACCUGACUUCAACCCAGUACUUCUACAAGGAGUUCGUGGCUAUCCGGGCAUUCGAGCUCGUCUCAAUCAACGGGCCUUCCAAUACGCCAGUGGACUGAUCGCCACACUGCUCAAUCAGGAAAUCAGACGAGCACGAAUUCCUCCAAUUGUUCAAGCUCCUCCAGGCGGGGGUCGCAUUGAACGGAAUUGGUUUGCCGAAAAGAGGCAAACAUCAACGACACCGUAUCCGACCGUUUUAGCUCUGGGUAAUGGAACAAAAGGAAAAUGA